AUGGGGACCCUGGGAGGUGGAGGGUGCCGGUGGUCCUUCAGCACGAUUUCUGCUGCCCCAAGGAGAUUAGGAAAACAACUUUGGUUUUCAUUGCAAGACAGCUAUUUGACCAACAACACACAAAUCCAAACACAGCCCCAUACUAGAUAUUGUGAAGGAAACAAACUCAGUGAAAACCAGCACACAGAUCUAUCUUGUAACCUGAGGACACCAUCUUUGAAUGAGACGGAGCAACAUUCUUCUACUACUAUCCGACUGGAACCGAAAUGCAGCCCUCUACCACUCCAAGCUCAAACAGUUUUCACAGACGGCUCCGGGAAAACAGGAAAAGCUGCCAUAGUACGGAAACAGAAUGACAAAUAUGACAAAUGGUGUUCUGAGGGUUUGCUUGUGUUUCCACAGAUUCCAAAAUGCGAUGGCUUCCAGCACGCUGUGUCAAACCUGCUUUGUCAUCUGCAGCAUCCUGAUGAUGAUGAUCGUAGAGGUGUUCAUGGUGCAGCCAGAACACAACGCUUGAGUCACCUUAGCAAAUGCCAUGGGUCAAGAUACCAUCUGCCUGUUUACAGCAACUCCUACAGACCCAUUUCAGACUUGUUUAGUGAGCCUUUCCAUAGAUGCAGACAAAUUCGUGGCAUUACAGUAGACUGCUGAUAUGGGACUGGCUUGAGAACGAGCUACUCACAUCAGUACUGGACACUGGGUGUUUGAAUUGAAAUUGAAUGCAACCAACCUUCCCUGAGUUAUCCUAGUACAAAAAUUUGCUACAAUAGAACCCUCAGAAUUUGAUCUUUUUGGGUCUGUAAAAAUAGACUUCUGUGUUAGGUUUAACUGCAGUAUGUGCAUAGUUAUGCCUUAGAUACACCUGGUAGAAUAAAGAGACAGGACGUCUCUCUGGUCAAUGUAAUAUAUCAUUACGUAACUGCAUGGUGCAAUGACAGCACACCGGGAAUUAUUCCCACGGAAAGCAUAACAAAACCUUUAACUUUACCCAAGGGGUAUUUCUUAAUCUGGGGAGAACUGUGCGUGACCUGGGAUACCUUCCCGUGCUGUAGGGGGCUCUUGUAGUGUAGGCCGCCUAACUUUUCUUAUCUCUAACAUUUCUGAUAUUGUAGCACAUGUAUCUUGAGUACAGAGAGCAAUACAUGCUUGUACUUCAGACUGUGAUGACCGAAUCACGUUUAGGGGCAGAACGGAAAACUCUUUUGCAUCUUUGUUGGCUCCUGGCGUAGCUGCAGCUAAAGCUAUAGCCACCCUAAAUAAAUUAGGAUGUUGGCUUUCGAAAAAAACAAAUGCUACUGAUGGCUUUUCUUGAUACUUCUGCUGUCCUGCAGGAAAAAAUCUUAGAUCAAAACCAAUAGUACGGUAAACAGCCUGCAAAAGAAGUACUUUUGCAUGCAUAUAUGCGCAUGUGUGCAUGUAUGUGUGUCCAAAUAUACCUUUAAUCAUUGAGCUGAUCAUUGUGUUCACCAGAAAAGAACCUGAGCUCAUUAUUUAAUUAAAAUACCUUUUUUUUCUUCAUCAAAACCACAUGGAUCUCAUUUGUAUGAGGCUUUAUACCCCCCACCGUGGAUGUUUCUUUAAUAGUAGCUGUGGAAAAGAAUUUCUGUCAUUUUGUAUUGAUGACUAAAGGGUUAGCAGCCAUCUAGGGGAAGAAAGAGGGAGGAAUUUUCUUGGUAGGCUUACGCUAGUCAGUUGACAUAACAGCUACUUGGGUGGUAUAAGGUUUCUGGGAUGCAUAUGAUCGUUUAGUGCUUUCACUUGCCAAAACAUCUGGAAUACAAUAUCCAGUCGUUAGACAGUCACACAUGUUAACAAAACAACUGGACAGAGAAAACAGACUGAAGGAAAAAACCCUAUGAUAAAGCAUCAUUGUUACCACUGGGAAAUUAGGCAUUUAAGGUUGUACUUCAAAGCAAGUAUUUUUAUUACAGCAUGUUUGAAUGAUUUGAUUUAUUUUGCAUCAGAGCAGUACUGUAGCAGAUCCUCCUGCCUCACAGGGGAAAAUACAUCUAUUGUCCAAGAAAGCUGCAUGCUAAGUAGUUUCAAAAGCAGUGUUCAGAUAAGAAGAGAAUCUUGUUCCUCCCUGUAGCACUUCUCCUUACACAUAUAAAGCACUGGGAGAGGCUGCUUUUAGGAUCACAAAGUAUGAUUUUUGCUCUCUGAUACUACACCAUUUUGGAAGCAAGUAAAAGAUAUCAUGAUUUUCACUACAGAGCUAUAAAAAGAACAAAAGAUAAUGCCUCUGGCAUCCACAGGGAUGAUUUUACCCAAGGUGGUAAGCAGAAAAAUGGCUUUCUUUCCCAUUAGUAUUGACCCAUAUUGCAUGUAGAUGGAUAAUUACAGAAUCAGCCUUCACCACAUCCCAAAAGACUGACUUUAUGAUGACCCUGACACAUGUUCUGCAUCCAGUCAGCACUGGCUCUUAAAAACGCCUAACAGACCCAGGGACUCUGCUUCACAGCUUUCAGCCUUUGCUGAAAUGAGAGAAGACGCAGAGAUCAGGCUUUGAGGAGAUGGAGCUGUAGGAUCUUGUCUUCACUUUUUCCAGAAUCUCAUCACUUGGCAACUAUAAUGCUUUAACGGUAAUCUUAAAAAAUGUUUGGAAAAUGUUCUUAAAUAUGUUUCUGAAUCCCUUUGUGUAGAUGAAACAUUUUUAUAAGAUUAAAAUUGAGGAAA